GCGCAAGCAGCGUGUGACAUCAAGUAGCGCGAGAGCUAUCCGAAAGCCGCCCUAAAUCAUGUCCUGUAAAUAUAUUCGGUUUAGUACUGGAAAUCUUUUAAGAAAGAUUAUAGUAAAAGCGUAUUCUUAACUUUGGACACUAUUUAAAUGCGCCUUUGGGAGAAGAUGUGUAGAAGAUAAUAAAUUAUCUCAGUCCGUGCCUCCGAAGCGCUAGGUGUCGAUAGAACGCAAAUGCGUGUCAAAGCAACUCAUAACAAUAUGAGGCUUCCGUUUUUCCGAACGUACACACAAAAACGGUAAAAGUAUUAUGUUAUUCUUUAAUCGAUACAGUCUAAACCGUUCCGUGAUCGUGUAAAAGUCGUAAAGCUGAAAUCGUGGUUUGCUGAAAGAAAGCAGAGUUUUGUUGUUCACCCAGCAGUACCUCUAACGUUACCACUGAUGAGAGUAUCAUGGAGCUCAGAAGAAUCGUCUAUUUUGAACAAGCACGAAACAGUUAAACGUGACAUUAUAAUGUAAUGUCAUAACAGCUGAAGUAUUUUCUGUUAUGCGAUGUGCACCAACAACUCGUGACUGAGAAUGGCAGUGGUUAAAGGCGCGGACGCAGAGCUGCGCACAAGCAGCGAGGAGCAGACGGCUGCUGCAGGUGGUGGUGUGCCUGCAGGCUGGAGGAGAGAGAUGAAAGAGAGACAGAGAGGCAGGACAGCCGGAAAAGUCGAUGUCUACAUCAUCAGUCCUGAGGGCAGAAGCUUCAGAUCCAAGAAUCAACUCCACAAUUAUCUGCUCUCAGAAAAACACCUCAACCUGCAGCUUAGUGACUUCGACUUCACAGCCACAUCCAGUGACCAAAGGAGAGUGACUCAAACUAAACAAAACAGCAAACAGAAAAAGGAAAGAAAACUGAAAAUAAGGUCCAGCAUUUUAGAAGAUUCUUCUCUUAGACAUGGAGACAUGACGGGACAUGGAGAAGACAUGGAUGGUCAGGAAGAGGUUGGAGAAAAAAUCGGCCUGGAAGUAAAUAAUUCAGAUCAAACCCAAGAUAAACAUACAGUGACUUUUGCUGCAAGCCUGCCAUCGUGUCCUUUAGAGAAUACAGAAGAAAGUGACGAGACAUUUGAAGAAGAUAAAGAGAUGACUUCAAGAUACGUGGAAUCUUUUAGAAACACAGAAAACAGGUCAAAUGUAUCGGUGGAGAAACGGAAAACUAGUCCAUACUUUAGUGGAAGGAAUGAUGAUCUAAGUCCCCCAAAGCGUAAAGCCUUCAGGAAGUGGACCCCACCACACUCACCGUACAACCUUGUUCAGGAGAUCCUGUUUCAUGACCCAUGGAAGCUUUUAGUGGCCACAAUAUUCCUCAACAAGACCAGCGGGAAGAUGGCAAUUCCUACACUGUGGCAGUUUUUUGAACGGUACCCAAGUGCAGAGGUGACUCGAGCAGCUGACUGGAGAGAUCUGUCUGACUUAAUGCAGCCUCUGGGUCUCAGUAAACUCCGAGCAAAAACACUCAUCCGUUUUUCCGGUGAGACAGUAAGGCCUGCCACCCGUCAAGGAGCUUACUGAACGGCUGUCUCCUUUCGAAGGAAGUAGGGCAUAGGGAUACCUAGACACUGUGAGUCCAGAUCUGAUGUCCAAGCAACGUUCAUGUGUGGUUUGAAGUGACAUUUCUGGAAAAUACGUUUUAGUUCUGAAGACUCUGAUCGGAUCUGGCAUAGCUUUUAACACAUUUUAAUUUCUCACACCAUGUAAUACGGAAACACGUCAGACAUUGUUACGUCAAAAGCAGUUUUCUUUUGUUAUUGUUGAUGCGCGAGUUAAGCUGGCAGCAAGGAAUAAAACCAUGCGUGCCAGUCUGUGUUUCUGACGCUGCUUCAUUAGAGGCAGAUGUCCAGAACCGUGGCUACACAUCAUUGUGGUAUUGUUAAACAUACUUUAAGUGUUUGAAUUCAUGUGGCAUUGUGCUGACAGAGAGUCAUAUGAACCGUGAGAGUGAUUCAGAAGCACGUCGCUCUCACUGUUAUUUGAUGUCACACGCUGAUCAGUCUGCACAACGUUACAUAAACUAAAGCACACCUAUUUCAAUAACCGCAACACAACGUGAACAGUGAGUCAUUCAAAUUGGAUAUGUAGAAAAAUCUGAUUUAAACUGAGAGUAUAAACAUUGUCCAAAUUCCAAAUGCGUGCCUUUAUUUAAAGGUGGCAUCGCCAAAAGCUAAUUGGAUUCAGGUGUUUAAAUUAGAGAACAGUCAACAGAGCUUUGCUCGUUUUUUCCAGCUGUAUUUUGAGUAAUAAUUUACAGUAAAGUGUAAGUGUUAGUUUAAUAGACAAAUUGUGUUUAUUAUUGUAACGUUUCUCAGACCACAUUUAUUUGUAUUCAAUGCAGAAUAACAGGUCCAUAGGGUUCUCACUACUACUGCAAUAAAAGUUUAUUUAUGCAAAGUUGCCUUUGAUAGCUUU